AUGUUUGACAGAGUCCGUUCCAUCUUUGAGAACGUGUCCGCCUCUAUUCAGCUCUCAUUUGAAAUCCCGGUCUGCGCCAAGAACCUGAUUCUUGCCGGUGAUAUUGGGCGCUUGGUGGAUUACGACAACUACCUCAAAUUCCUACAAAAGCAGACAGAUCGACUUGAGCUCGUUUUCCUGGUUCUUGGCAAUCAUGAGUUUUACAAUGAUACCCUGAUAGCAGGAUUACAAAAAGCCCAGCAGCUCGGGCAGGAGCCUUGUUUGAAUGGGCGGCUAGUUCUUCGCCACCGGGCCCGCUACGACGUUCCUGGCACCAAUGUUACUAUACUUGGCUGCACACUCUGGUCUAACGUUUCGGAAGCUGCAAAAGACAUUGUCUCUAUGAGAAUACAAGACUUUGGCAAGAUUCAAGAUUGGACCGUGAGCGACCAUAAUGAGACUCAUCAGGCGGAUCUUAGCUGGCUCUUGGCUGAAAUUGAAUCCAUACGGGAUAGCAACAAGACACAGAAAGCCAAGCGGUCUAUUUUGGUCGUGACGCAUCAUGCUCCCUCUCUUAAGGAGACAUCCAGUCCGCAGAACACUAAAAACCCUUGGACAUCCGCUUUCGCAACUGAUGUUCUCUCCCGCAUACCAAACUCGAGUGGCAUUAAAGCCUGGGUUUUUGGGCAUACUCACUACACUACUGAUUUCAAACUUGGUGGAAUACGAGUUAUAGCAAACCAAAGAGGAUAUGUACUUCCUGGGAGCAAUUUGAAUGGAAAGAAGGACGGCUUUGACGUCGGCAAAUUCAUUUCUGUGUGA